CAGACUGCUGGCGUCAUCGUUUUCCACAAGUUUUCUCUGUGUUUCCACAUUAUUUAGGGUGGAAAAUUUCCAGGUGUAAACAGGAAGCCCUUUGAGCAUUUUACUCCUUUCUCCAACGAAAGGCUUGUCCCCGCUCCAUUGCGGAAAGGGCGAGCGAGUGAUCCGUGGCUCCCUGCUUGCCGGGCAAGGCAGUUCUGAUCGCUUAGGUGCAGCCAAUCUGGCCACGGGCCCAGUUUUAGUCUGGAUAAGCCUUCUCUGAAAGGAGCCCAGCUAAUGUAAUCACGGGGAAAAUCCUCUACGUGAAAGGCCGUGGCCGCGAUGGGCGCAGAAACGCUGAUUCCACGUUUGUGUGAUCACAGAGGCUCCGCACAGCCGCCGCUCAGUUGCUUCUGGUAAAAUCCAGAGGGUCGCUGGCACCCUGAAUCACCAUGGGCAAUGAGAACAGCACCUCGGAAAACCAGCAAGAGAACUCCGGCUUGCAUAACGUCAUCCUGUGGCCUCCAAACCCCGAGCCUGCGCAGAGAACUUCGUCGGCUAAGAGUCCAGGGUCUGUGCAACCACCCGAGAACGGUCAGAACACAAAAAGGAACCUGGAGGAGAAGUCCGGAAGCAGUGACCAUGGGGACUCACACAGUGCUGGGCUCCGAAGCUCCUGUCCCACUUCUGAAGGUGCUGCCAGCCUGGAUCCGUGCUUCCUGUCCCCAGAAGUGACAGGGCCGAGCAAAUGCCCACAGGAAGCCAGAGGCCCAGAAGGUUCUCCACUGCUCUGGCCACCAGUGCCCUGGGAGUUUGAGUGCCCCCCAGCCUCCACGCCCAUUGCCGAGGGCCCCCCGGAAGGUUGCCUGCCAAGCCCCGGAGCAGCACCUGAAGACUGGCCCCUAAUUCAACACCCCAGGAAGGAACCUUCCCCAAAUGCCCAUGGGGAUGUCCCAACAGCGUUUGUCCCUGAAGGGGACAGUUCUACUCAGUGCAAUGUGGGUGCCAUCGUCCCCAGUGCCCAGGGCAGAGGAGGACAUCUGAAGGAAGAGGGACAUAAAUUAUCUUCCUCCGGUAGCACUGACCAGUUGCCAGCAAUUUCAGCAGCACCUCCUCAAGAGCUGAUGAAGGGACAGCUUUGUGGAGAAGACGGCCAGCCUGGCGGCUCCGAGUCCCAAGGGAAAGAGGUCGCAGGUGGCCUUCCCCUCGCAGAGUCCAGGCAGGGAGCAGCUUCCGUACCAGCGGCCCCGAAGGCCCCAGCUGCAGCUCAACCAGACGGGGAGAGCUCAGCUGGCCUGGAAGAGCCCCCCACAAAGCCCGAGACCCCAACUCCACAAGAUCGGGUGCCCAGAGCCUUAGACAGAGAAACCUGCCAAGUGGAGGCACUGCCUCAGGCUUUAGCUGAUGACUCAGGACUCCUCGGGGCCUGCCGUCCCACUGGGAACAACUCAGGGGCUGCCCGAGAGGCCGGCACCAAUUCCUGGGAAAGCUGCCAGCAGCAAAUGGGAGCACAUCUGGAGCACCCGGAGCUGCCCUGGGAUUCACCGAGUCCUGUGCUGGCACCCGGGCCCGGGGACUCUCGGAAGGAGACCGUGGAUGCCAGCGGUGCUCGGGGACACUUGGAGACAGCGGGGCAGGGAGGCGAUCCCAGUAUAGCUGUCUGUGCUGCUGCAGGCAACCGACCCGCAGGGGCUUCGCUUGUGAGCGCCGAGCCUUCCCCACAGGCCCCGACGGAGGACGCACAUCCACCUUCAGUCUCCGCUUUGCAGCCCGCUGCCGGGGCCUCGGCUGCUGCAGAAGAGCCUGGCUGGUCGACCAGAGAGAUGGUUUCCGGGGCUGCGAUGCCAGUUCUUAGAGAUCCGGCCGAAGGGCUGGCAGACGCAGGGUUGACGGGACGGGAGAAGCACACAUCAGAUCUCAGAAAUGAGGGAGAAGGUCUAGAAGGGAGCCCUGGAGAGGGUCCUGACCCUGUGCCCCCGGAGGACAGGGGAGAGCUCUCAGCGAGGGACCAUGAAGUCCAAAAAGGGGUACCGCCCCCCGCCCCACCCAGUGCAUCAGAUGAAAGUGCCAGAAAGUCACUGGGGCCAAAGGAUGAAGCCGUGACCCCUGAAAGCCCAGCAGUGGCUGAGGAGGAGAGCAGACCACCUGGGGCCAACUCUAGGGGACAGGAAGAAGUCACACAGCCACUGGACAGUGGAGAUCUUGAGAACCCAUGGGGAGAGCAACCCGGGGCCUUCGGCCGCAAGCCCGACCCAGAGGUAGAAAAAGACGAGGUUUCAAAGCUAAGCCGUGACGUGGAGAGCAGAGCGCAUCCCGGCACGGACUCAGCCCAGCCCCUCAAGAAGGAGGGUCCUGGGCACCCCGACAGGCCUGGCUCUCCAUCAAAAGAUGCAGCUGGGAGCUCGGUGGCCUGUGGGAUGAUGGGAGAAGCCCGCGCGGUCCAUGCCUCUGGCUCCCUGCGCAAGCUCCCUGAGAAGGAUCUCCUCCUGCCCCCUGGGCCGGACGGAACUGGUGAACACAUUCUUCCCGAAGAAGCCGUCUGGGAGGGGCCAGGGUUGCAGACCCAGUGUCCCGACACCCUUCAGGACGUGGGGGGGUUGGAAAGAAUGGACUAUCUUCCUGCUUUAGAAUCUGAGAAAUCAGAUUUCCUGUCAGCUCCUGCUGCAGAGGUCAACCCCAAAGCCCAGGAGGCGGAGAGCACUUCGGAGACAAAGAGGAGGAGCCCCCCAUCUGCGCCGAGGCCCGGCAGCUGUGACGGGGAGGCUUUGCUGACAUCCCCGGGCCAGGCUUGUGGGCUGGGGCGUGAGGCAGCUGGUCAGGAAGUCCAUGCUGAUGGGCCACCCCCCGAGGGGGAGAAUUUGGCAGUGGACUCUGGGCUCGCGAUGCUCAGCCUGGAGCAAGGUCGGCAGGGAGAGCCGCCCUGCCUGGGGGACCCCCGGAUACAAGGAGCUGCUUCUGAGGGGCCCUCGGUGUCUUCUGAGACCCCUCUCCAGCCCUUGCAAUCAGACCCAGAAGCAUCCAUCUUUGACAUGCUCAGGGAGAAGCCCCAGCACGGUGAACGUGAGAAGGAGACUAACCCAGGGGGUCUAGGUUUUAGGAACGUGGGCUCAGAUGCUCCUGGAAUACCUGCGGGGCCUCCGGAGGAUGCGUGCUUGCCUCCGUAUGGAACAGAGGAGCAGGCUUCCAGAUCAGAGCUUCAACGUGCGCUCCCCAAAGACGGUCUGUGUGAUGCUCCAAGUUCAGCUCCCAGGGACACGGUUCCAGAAAGUCCUGAGACCGAGCAGCCAGAGUCAUCAGCACCAACGGGACUGGGGUUGCCCGGGGUAGGGCAGGGUGAGCAAGAGGAAGCAUGCGGUGGCAGUGUGCCCGCCGGGGACUCGCCUCCUGCGGCAGACACCUUGAAGGACUCCCCUCCUGCGGGUCUCUUGAGCGGAAGGGAGAAUUGCUGUGCCGAGCAGGGGCUGAACAAGUCCCAGCAGGAGCCGGCAGGUGUGUUGAAAGCCAGCAGUCAGCAUGAAGAAGCAUGUCUCAGUGAUGCAGGAGCUUCAGAAGCCGCGGACGCUCAGCCCCCGCUCCGGGGGUUGGGUGAGACGGAGCAGGCAAGUGGGAACACAGCGGGGACCCCACCUUGUUGGCCUGACUCAGUAGCUCUCCUGGAUGCAGCUCGCGGGCCGCCGGCCGCCCUUGGAGUCACACCCACCCGGGAUGCCCCGGACAGAGAGGCGAGUGGUGAAACCCGGGCGGGCAGGCAGCAACCAGCACCGGCCCCACCGAAGGGAAUGGAGCUCCCCGUAACCUUGGAUGCAGAGGCCCAACGGCUUCUUGGAAGGUUCCCCGCGGCUCAGGAUCAAGGUGCUGAUGGUGGGGCUGCUGAGGCCGGUGGGCACGCUGAGGAGGGAGACCUGGGGGUCCAGCGGGCUCUGGAGGGGCCAGCGGAAGCUGCUGUGUGGGGCGGCUGCCUUCAGACUGAGCAGUGCGCCUCCCCUGGGAAGGAAGCCUCUACCUUUGCCCUCGCUGAGCCCUGCCGAGCAGAACAGCUUUCGGCCGGCUCCCGGGAUGCCUUGCUCGCGGCCAGAGACCUGGGUGCCAUUCCCGGGAGCAAGGUGGAUGUUUCUGCAGCCCAGGCUGUCCGCAGCCCAAAGAAACCCCUGCCACCGGGGCCACCAGAAGAGGCUGCGCCCGGCACUCCCUACCUGGAUAUUGAUGGUGCUGCUGGGAAGGGGGCAGAACCUUGUGCCACAGAAGAGUCUCCACUUGCCUUGGAGGAUGCUACCCCCAGGAAGAUUUCUGCCGGCUGGCUGGCCUCGCUCUCACAACCAGGAGCAGGUGGCGAAAUCUCUGCGGUGCAAGCCGGCAGCGGAGGCCCCAAAGCCGGAAACUUUGAGGGACCUGCGGGCUCCGUCCCCUACCUGGACAGGAUGCCGCUUCUGACCGAGAGUAAGCAGGUGACAGGGGAGGAGGGGGCAAGAGCGCCCGGCGCAGGCACCAAGCCCGGGGAGAUGCCAGCACGCCCUGCCAGUGAGGGAAGCGUGGCAGGUGAUGCAAGGGAGACGGAAGGCAGCGGGGAGAAGAUGGUAGAACCUUCCAAGGAUCCAAGGAGGGGCGUGUCAGGUGGCGUGGACGCAAACUCCAGGCAGACCGGCAUGAUCGCUGGGCUCCCUGACUUCAGGGAGCACAUCACCAAGAUCUUUGAGAAGUCUGUGCUCAGAGCCCUGACCGCCGAUCGGCCCCAGAAUGCAGCGGGAGAAAAGGCAGGAGCCGAGGGGAGUGUGCGGGGUGAGGACCUCGCAGGGCCACGCCCAGAGAGGCCUCCAGACGGGACUCAAGGAGCGGUCAUCGCCCCUCUCCCCGCCCUCCCUGCUGGACUCGGGGUGGGCACAAGGGAAGACAAACGAGGGCCGCCUACGGAGGCUGAGAUCCCCCGCCUGGUCCCCCGGGAUCUCGCUCCAGGAAAGCUGCGGGGUCUGGCGGCACCAGCCGCAGAGCAGAACCUGCCCGGUGCCAGCGUGGGGAAGGAAAUGGCUGGUGUCCCACAGAUGGUGGAGGGCAGUGAGAAGCCAGAGGGGGCUGGGGAGGCCGAGCCGGGGCUUGGGGGCCAGGCCCACUCACAGCAGGGCGGGGCCCAGAGGGAAUUAGCUUCGGGCCUCUCCUCUCCGGGAGCCGUACCGCACACGCCCGUGGAAAAGGCUGCUGACUUCCAGGUGGUUCCCCAGAGCCACGGAGGAGGGGCCUCAGCUCCAGAAGACAGAAUUCCUCCCGGAUUGUACCACCAAGAAGCGGCCACCGGCGACAGUCAACCCGGAGAGGAUGACGGUGCCUGGGGCUUUGCUCACACAGGGGGUCCAAGUGGCACGCCCGUGUUCACCUGGGCCCUGGGAGCAUCUUCUCCCCGUGGGGAGAUUGUGGCCGAGGCCAUCGGCGCACCCUGGCCCCCCGACGCGCUUGGGGGUGAGCAGAGGCAUGGGGGUGGUGCCGGGAUCUCAGAAACGCAAAAUGCCCCAGAGCCACAGGCUGGAGAAGCAUCAGCCACUCCCCUGGAGCCCAGCGCCGUGGCAGGAGCUGCUGGGGAAGCAGAGGGUGACGUCACUCUGAGCACAGCCGAGACCAGGGCGCGUGUGUCUGGUGACCCGCCCGAGACAGGUGCUCCGAGGAUGCUCUCGGGUGCUGCUCCUGGGCCAGCGCUGCCAGGAACCGGCGGGGCCCCGGGCACGGAGGACAGCCCGGACAGCCCGUCUGUGCACCAGCAGGCUGAGGAGUGGCCGGGCCCUGAGCCCCCCAUCCCUGCUGGGGGCGGGAAGCUACAAGUCUCCUCACCUCCAGAGCCUGAGGGACCUCGGGACCCGCAGCUGCAAAACCAGGCCCCGGGAGCGCUCCACGCUGAAAGAAAGAGCCCCAGGCCCGAUCCAUCCACCUUACUUUCAGUUCCCGAGAAGGAGGCUCCAAACGUCCCGGGCAACGUCGUUUCAGACGAGGCCAGAAGUGUGGGAGGAGCAGAAAGGUCACCUGUAGCGGAUGAUGUCAUCCAGCCAGCUGCCCUCGAGGACCUUGAAAACCCACUGUUAGCCGCCUCUCCCCACCAGGGUGAAGCCAUCAGCCAGGUCUCCGGGGACCUGACAGCCCAGAGCACCUCCCCAGCUGCUGCCUGUGCGGAUCUCACUCCCCGAGCCUCAGAACAUGUGUCUUUGCCUUCUGCCCCAGCUGGUGAUGGAGUAGAAGCUUCCGCUCUCUCCUGCCAGGGUCUGGCCAAGGACUUAAGCAGAACCGUGUUGCCGUGACAACAUGGAUGGUGGGGACCCUCUCCGAGGGAUGGGGCAACUUGAAACAUAUCCUCUGCGAACCUCUUCGCUUUCUGAUUUUCCGGAUUGCUGGGGGGAAGCCGAGUAGCUGCUGCUUUGCUCGUGGAAGCAGGCUUUGAAAUUGGAGGGGUGUUGUUGAAGGCGUGGGCCACCAUAUUCAUGGGCUCUUGGCAGAGGACCCACAGGAAAGAAUAUGUUGAGAGUGUCAGUCAUAGAAACACCUGCUCAUCCGCGGAGUGACUUUUGUUUUUUUAAACUUACUGGGUGUUGUGAAUUAUGUAACGGAUCGCGAUCGUUUCCCUUUUUGCUUUGGCUGUUGGGAGACUGCAACUUAUUCCAACAAGAGCUUCUGGAAUAACCUUACCCCCUCUGGCUUUUCUAUACCUUUUCUCCCUGAG